CUGCUCAGUGUCAGAUCAGAGCUGGAGAAACGGAAUGUGACAGAUACAGGGAUGAGUUAUAACGAUAAUCGAAGCACGGCAGCACAGCCCCGGGAGCUGACGCAAAACCCUUUACAUAAAACAUGGAUGCCGUGCAAGAAUGGACUGCCGGUGAAACACAUUUCUCAGAGAAGAGUAUGCAUGACCAACUGUCCCACCCUAAUAGUGACAGUGGGGUUGCCAGCCAGAGGAAAAACCUACAUCUCAAAAAAACUCACUCGCUACCUUAACUGGAUUGGUGUACCAACAAAAGAGUUUAAUGUUGGGCAGUAUAGGAGGGAGUGCGUGAAGGUCUACAAGAACUUUCAGUUCUUUCGUCCAGAUAACGAGGAAGGACUAAAGAUCAGGAAACAGUGUGCUCUGACAGCGCUAAAUGAUGUGAGGCAGUACCUCAGCAUAGAAGAAGGCCAAGUGGCUGUUUUUGAUGCCACUAACACUACAAGAGAAAGAAGGAAUAUGAUCAUUAAAUUUGCAGAACAAAAUGGCUACAAGGUGUUUUUUGUCGAGUCUGUGUGUGAAGAUCCUGAAGUUAUUGCCCAAAACAUUGUGCAGGUAAAGCUGGGGAGUCCUGAUUACAUCGACUGUAACACCGAAGAGGCCGUUCAGGACUUCAUGAAAAGAAUCAAAUGUUAUGAAAACUCCUAUCAGCCACUUGAUGAGAACUUGGACAGGGAGCUGCCAUUCAUCAAGGUGAUUGAUGUGGGAAAGCGAUUUUUAGUAAAUCGUGUAAUGGACCACAUUCAGAGCCGAAUUGUCUAUUACUUAAUGAAUAUCCAUAUCACUCCACGCUCCAUCUACCUCUGUCGCCACGGAGAAAGUGAGCUCAACAUUAAAGGAUGCAUCGGUGGGGACUCGGGCUUGUCUUUACAUGGCAAAGAGUUUGCACUUUGUCUGGGCAGAUUUAUUAAGGAACAGAAUAUAAAGGAUCUGAAAGUCUGGACGAGUCAAAUGAAGAGAACGAUUCAGACUGCAGAGGCUCUGGGUGUACCGUAUGAACAGUGGAAAGCUUUAAAUGAGAUAGAUGCUGGAGUGUGUGAGGAGAUGAUGUAUGAAGAGAUUCAGGAGCAUUAUCCUCAUGAGUUUGCUUUGAGAGACCAGGACAAGUACCGCUAUCGUUACCCUAAAGGAGAGUCUUAUGAGGACCUAGUACAGCGACUGGAGCCGGUCAUAAUGGAACUUGAGAGACAAGAAAAUGUUCUGGUUAUCUGCCACCAGGCUGUCAUGCGCUGUCUCCUUGCUUACUUUCUGGACAAAAGCUCAGAUGAGUUACCCUAUCUGAAAUGCCCCCUACACACUGUGCUGAAGCUCACUCCAGUGGCUUAUGGAUGUAAAGUUGAGUCCAUCUCUCUCAAUGUGGAAGCAGUGAACACUCACAGAGACAAACCUGAGAAUGUUAACAUUUCUCGUCUGGCGGAGGAGGCACUUCUCACAGUUCCUGCACACCAGUGACAUGCACAUCUCAUUCAAACUCUGUUAAGAUAUACACUCCUUGCAUUCCUAAUUCUGCAUUCUUAAUAUUUACACUGAACUAAUUUUUUUGUGAUGGUCAUGAAUCUAAUGGACUGAUAAUUGGAAUGUAGUUCUAUGAGGAACUGAAGUGCAGGGGUGCGUACAUACAUACAUGUGUGUUUACGUUUAUUUGUAUGUGUGGUUGGAUUUUUUUUUUUUAUGAUUAACAAGAUGAAAUAUCAAAACAUGUUUAAAUUGCACUUUGUGUUUGUGUGUGUGUGUGGGGGGUGUGUUUAACUACACUGUGUUAAACAUACAAAACCAAGUUUUUGCCUCAUUUUUGAACACAUGGGGGAAUAACAUACACAUACCUCUGAAGUCUCAUACAUUGGGUUCUGUGGUUUUGAGGUGUAGUCAGUGACUGCUGUCCUGUCAUUUAGUUUUGGCUAGCAAGCUGGCAAAAAGUGUUAAGUUGUGCCGUACCACCACAGUUUAUCAAAUAAAUGUGAUUUGGGUAUUUAUGUUAAUAGGAAAUGGUACCAGGAUCAGAAAUCAAAUGGUUACUGUAACCCUGUUUACAAGUGCACUUUUACCCAGAAAUCUUUUAGGGUUAUAGUAAGCCUUAAUUGCUGAUUCUGCUACAUUUAACAGAAAUGCUCACAUCCCUUCCAUUUGUUUAACUGUGGUUUAAAACUUUAAAACUGACACACAACCACAUUUUACAGUGUUAAUGUUUCAGCUUUCUUGUCAAUGUUAAUUGAUUAGGCAAUAGAAAUUGUGUGUUUUGUAAAGUGCAGUGCAAACAAGAAUCUGUGAUUGGUUAAGGGCCUGAUGAAAGCUAUAGCUCCCCUAGGUGAAUUUAUUCCAGAAGUUCCAUAUUUUUCCCAAAGAAAUCACUUUAUUUUACUGACCAACUUGGUUGUAUUUUGGCAAUAUAAACUAACUCUCGGGCAGCAUUGCAUAAGAAACCUGUGAGAAAUAUAGGCAAUGGGCUUGGUAGUAUUUUGGAAAACUGUUGUCACUUAACACAAUCAGUUGCCACAGCAGGAAAUGGAACAGUCAGCUCAUGUCUUGUGUUGAGCAAGAACAGGCAACAGUUCCACAGUCCUGAAUUCCCAAACCACUAAAAGUGUCAUUAGGAGGAAAGAUUAUGUAACAGUAGUAAACGUGUGUUGCAGGCAUCAAAUUCUUAAUUGUAUUUAGUAAAAAUAAACAAAUGGUCAGUGAAGAACACUGUUGAUCGGUGACAAAUCAGACUCUUUUUAUUGCUAUUUGAUAAAAUGUCCCAACUUUUCUGGAAAUGGGGUUUGGGCAAAAAUUGAGCUAUUACAACUUUAACUCAAAAUAACUGUCACAUAAAUCUAAAAUUAACCUAUAGUAAUGAUCUAUUAAUGAUCUAACUGAUUUAUUGAAGAAUUAAAACACCAUGUUGCUGUGAUGAGAUAUUUGUACACUAAACUGUAUUAAACUUUAAAAUAAUCAUACAGUAACACAUUUGAAAUGUUUCAGGGUAAUACAUUGAGGAGAACGUAAACAACGCUCUUUUUGUAUUUUAUUAAAGUCUUUAUUUUCUUGUAAAUAUGAAUGCAUUGUAUGUAUUGUGUUUCUAUUUGAUCUUGAUUUGCAUGUAAAUAUCUGAUUAUUUUGUUGUGUGUACAGAACUUUACUGUGUUAGGACAAUCGGAAUAAAAUGUCUGAAUUAUGCACAUGACUGGUCUAAUCCCAUAAGCACAAAUCCAUAAUGUUUCAUCUACUGAUUAGUCUUCCACAUUAGUGUUUCAUCUCCAAUAAAAGUGGAUGUUAAAACAA